ACCAAUCACAUUAUAGAAUAGAGUGCUUUUUCCGGGCCUAGUAAAACGAUAACAUUGCUGAAGUCUGAAAGACGAAAACGAGAACGUGUUAGUCGAAAAGAAAAUAAUUAUUGAAAUCUCUCAGACGUUACAUUAACAAAUAUGUUGGAAGACCUCAAUAUCAGCGUCUGAAGACUGUUUAUGGCAUGUCCUUUGUUUACUAAACACACAGUAGCCAACUGAGCCCAGCGCUGAUUAGGUGUCCUCUGCACAUUGUAUGAGCAAGAUCAUUCACCAUGGAAACCGAAGCAGAGGUUAUUCCUAUUUGGCAGAACAAGCCUCAUGGGUCGACUCGCAGUGUGGUGAGGAGAAUAGGCUCUAUUGUACCCAUGAAACCACCGCCCAGGGCAUGUUUCCAGGAACUCCCAGGUCUCCCUCCUCUGCGGCCCAUGGAUGGCCCCACGGUGCCCACACUGGCAGACAUUGCCUGGAUCGCAGCAGAUGAGGAGUCUGAGACCUAUGCCAGAGUGCGGAGCGAUUCACGCCCUCUUAGACAUGAGUGGCGACCCACGCCUCUCCUGGUUAUGCACAGGAACUCCUCAGUUCCCAACUUCCGCCGCGACGUCAAGAAGGUGGAGACGCUGAGGAAGCCUGCGGUGACGGCCAUGAACCGUACCACCUCCCUGCAGGAUGAGCUGAGCAGACUCCGCUCCCAGAUCGCCAAGAUCGUAGCCACAGAAUCUGGCUCCAACCCCUUGACCCCCGACCUCCUGUCCCCCGACGACACCAGCAUGAGCUUUUCCAUGGCGCCCUUUGAGACGGCGCCCUACCAGCCCGCCGCCUCAGCCUCCUUCGUCAUCAGUGACGUGACGGAAGAGGAAGAGGAGGAAGAUGAGGAGGAGGAUGUGGUGUCUGUGGUUUCGGAGCUUAUGCCGGACCCCAUGCCGCUCGCAAACAUGUCUGCCUCUAUGACGGCCUCAGCGACCUUUGACCUGGACCAUCCCAGCAUGGACUUCCGGGAGGCGGAGGAGGACACAGUGUCGCUGUCCAAGUCCACCAGCUUUGCUGACGUCAUGGACAUCCUGAAGGACAUGAACCGCAUGAAGAUGAGCAAGGACAGGUGCAACAGAGGCUGCACCUCCCUGAUGGGCGAAUCGGACUCCGCCUCGCUGAUCUCCGAGGCCUUGAGGAAGAAGUUUACCCUGAAGGAUGAAGACAUCAGGGGGAUGAAGAAACACACCUAGAGCACCCGUAGUCCUCCAUCUCCCCACGCCUGUGCCUGACGACCCAGUCCCGUGGAGACCCGGCUGCACCUCAUCAACCGUGGCAACGGUUAAACCAGACGGAAAAACAAACCACCACCUCCCAGCAGGCCCAGUCAGUCUGAACCCAACCAAAUCUAAACCAUACCCUAGCUAUUAAAAAUAUUGCCUAGUCAGACCAUGGUAGCAGCUGGCUGAUAGGCACUAUAAGAUGGGUGCUGUUUGACGUAGCACAGAUAAUUUUUGACUGACCUUAACUUGUCGAUUCUUCCUCAAUUCCAGACUUGGAAGACAACUAAUGUCUUCUAAAAGUCAAUGUCUAGUUUCAGCGGGUUUGAAUUUAGAAAAAUCUAUUUAGUCUGCCACCCAUUAAUAAUGAUUAAAAAGAAAAGUCAAAAGGUUUGACAGCCGUACCAUAUAAAAUGCAUGUCAGUUGGGAACAGGUUUUUGAUGUCCCAAUACCUUGGCACCGAGUCUAUGAACUGACAUAUAAAACAAUUAUUGACAUUAAUUUUAAUUUAAUCUAUUAUAAAAUACUUACUACAAAAAGAAUGCUCAAUAUAUAUGGGACAUUGGACAGUCAGCCUUGUGCACCCUCUGCCACGAGGAAAUAGAAUCAAUAGAACAGUGAGCCUUGUGCAGACUCUGCCACGAGGAAAUAGAAUCAAUAGAACAGUCAGCCUUGUGCAGACUCUGCCACGAGGAAAUAGAAUCAAUAGAACAGUCAGCCUUGUGCACCCUCUGCCACGAGGAAAUAGAAUACUGUCCAUCGGUGGCUCGCUUUUGGAGUCAGGUCCAGGAAUGGUUAUGUCUUAUCAGGGUUCAGAUGGACAUGCCGACUAUUGUCAUGGCAUCGGAACAACCAAGAUCAGUCAAUGGGGAAACAUCAUUGUAGUCUUGGGUAAAGUAUUUAUUUUCAGGGCAAUAUCGGUAGAAAUGUUACAAAUAGGGAGGUUCAGGAGCCUCGUAAGACAUCACAGUAAAAUGGAGGGAUGUAUUGCAGAAGGAAAUUGUUAAAUGGCGUUAUACUGUGAAAGGUGGAUUAAUCUGUGGACAUGGGAAGGUUGGCGUAAUACUGGGAAAGAUGGGUUAAUCUGUGGACACCGGAGGGUUGGCGUUAUACUGGGAAAGAUGGGUUAAUCUGUGGACACCGGAGGGUUGGCGUUAAGAUCGGGAAGAAAAUGUGAAUUGGCUGCUGUGGGUGAAAAUCCAGCACUUGAAGAAAGAGUAAAUUAGAAAUAUAAAUGUAUAGUUUUAGGUACUGUAGAUGUGAGUGAAACAGAUGUAAAUAGCAGAAGUAUUGUAGUCUGUUUAUUCCAAUCACAGUAGGGAAAUGAACAAAUAAGGAGAUUGGAAAUGAUGCAGACAAUUUCAUGGAUAGAACCUACAUUCUAUCUGCAAUAUUAAAGCUGAUCCCCCCCCCCCCCCACAAAAAAAAUGGAAUUAAGGUUUUGCUCCAUGAGGUAAUCCAACAAUGUUGCCAUCGUGCUCAUCUUCUCUCAUUGAUUAAGUCAGGUGGGUGUCCACCCUGUAGUGCCACAUGUCAUGAUGAAACUCACUUGACUUUGAAAUAGUCAAGAUGGUGGCGUACAGAUUGUUGGUUAACUUCAUAGAUCAAAGAAUGUAUAACAGCAUAUUCUAAAUUCAAACGAACCACCUGCAACUAGAAAUGGAUGUUUUAGAAUACAUUUGGUCUUCCAAGUCAGGAAUUGAGGAAGUCUCGCCAAGUAAACGUUGCUUAAAUUCUAUGUGCUAUGCCAAACAGUACCUAACCUGUAACGGCUGAUGGAGCAUCACAUUAGCCAUUACAAUAUGCUAGCUAAACCACACCCCUCCUGUUAUUCAAUCAACAAUCUGUUUACACUCACUGUCUGCUCCCACACACCUCCCAAAAAAGGUAGAUUCCUUAUCCCAUUGCUUCAGGAGCAACAUCAUGGCAAUGUAAUUUUGUGGGCGCUGUAUAACAUGCCCUACAGAUUCACCUGCUUUGAUGGCUCUCGCUAAUCACCAGACUGACUCCAGUGCUGCCUAGUCAUCUUUUUAUGUACAGGCUGGGGUUUCUCUAGGAUAUUGUACCUGUUCUAGUACCACGAGAGAAACCAUUUCCCCCUUUUUUUGUUGUUGACAAGCUUAGACUUUCAACAGAAGAGUUGUGGAUGGAUGCAUUUGUUGGAGUGGGAUAGUUGUAAUUUUUUCUCAUUUUGUUUCUGUAUAGUCGUGAUAAUACAUACUUGAAGUUGUAUGUACAAAUAAGACUGAGGAGAGUAACAGAUUACUACAAAACACUUAAUACUCUGUUCAUUUACAGCUAAAAUCUCAUGUUUUUCAGUGUUAUCGCUGCAUUAGAAAUACAAUAAUGACCUUGCGGUCAUAGUCAAUGUGUACAACAUAACAUAACAUUUAUUUAUUUGCAGGCUUCUUCAGGACCUACUCAUUAACCCAUUGCAUCAAUACGAGAACAUGUUAUUGCUGUCCUUGGGGUAAUGACUCUCAGAAUUUAGCUUGAUUGAUGGCCCUUUGGUAAACAUGAUACAGAUAAAUAAAUCCCAAUUAAAAGCAGUGGACGGCCAUGACUAAAUAUGAAUGAUAUGUGUUUGUGUCGUCUUCGGACUUGUGUGAUACAAGGAAAGCUUGGAAGACUUAUAAAUCUACGGUAAAAUGUGAAUGAAAGUUUUCUCUUGUGUGAUGUUGCGCUAUAGCUGCCUGUUAAGACACCAGAGAACAACUGUACAGUUUUUUUUAUGUAGAUACAAAAUGUCAGAUUUCCCUAUGGUGUAGAAUGCGUGGCUCUUGGGAAUGUGACAAUGUGCAUGUUUACUGUCACGAUACACUAAAAGAUAUGAGUAUGAGUGACUCUUGUGUCUUUUUGAAAAUGAUCUCCUGUUGACGCCUUAUAACAAAACCUAUUGCCUCUUCCAAUAUGGCAGUUGUUCUUUUUAUUUAUUGGUUGGUGUGCCAUAACUUUCCACUGUUUUUGUCUUUUUCCUCAGUUUGCCCCACCUCUUGAGCCCCUAAACUUUUACGCAACCACCCAUAGGCACAUUGUAUCUGUCCCAUUAUGGCGUCUGUGAGAGCACCGGCAGCGCCAUUGAGGCCAUCUCCAUUUUGAAGUAGUCAAUUUUGUCAUUCUCCUUCUAUGAGUUGGCAAACAAACUGAAAGGGUGCACACUGCCACCUAGAGUGUUUGAACAGGUAUAAAGACGAGGUUCGGCUAUUUACUGCCACCUGCAGUUAUGGAAUGUUUGCUCACAAGUAUAAUUCAUUGGCUGAUCCCUCCUGGUGACCUGGAUUUAAUUAUGUGAUCCUUCCUUAAGCCAUAGGAAUCCCCACCCAGAUUACUACUUUAAAAUGCUGGGAGCCCUCAAUGGUUUUCUACAUCUAGAGACCUCUAUCAUUCUCUUUGUCAACAACCACACUUUUGACAUUUGCAUACAUCAAGUGACUGACUUGACUGCUUUGGGAGCCAAUCAUGUGUCAUUUCUUCUCCUUUAUCAUGAAACCCCUCCCCCUUCACAGAAGAAAUGCUUCUCCACUCAUUUUGAGUUCUUAUCAUAUCAGGAUAAGAUGAUUAUAUUACUCUACUCUUUGUUGAGAUGUGUGAAUACCAACUUGCAUCUAGGCAGUGGAACUGUAGUUUAGUUUGCAGUGAAAGCGAGGUCCCACAAAGUUAUCUAUGGGGUGUGAUAAGGACGCCCAGCUGUGUGUUAAGGUCUGUAUCUCGUCUGUUUUUUCUUCUUCAGUGUCUGCCUCCUCUUAGGUCUUUUAACAAAUAUUCCCAUUUUAAGUGUGCAAAAUCGAGAGUAUCAAACUUUGAGCUGAGCAUUUCACAAAGUAUGCUUCAGAUUUAUUUUAUUUUUUAAGGUUUGGCAUUACUCAUGUGGUCAAGAGUCUGUCUUUACAGGCGUUUUGUGAACCCCAUAGGGAACGGAACUAGAGCAGUUAUUACUAUUCUUGGUGCACCGGUGUUCCUAUUGAUAGAAAGGGAUCUUUACUGAGCAUUUCAAUCACCAGCUUUGUUUUGAUUCUGCUUUGCGCCAUUUUUGUUUUGGAUAACUAUUGACCAUGCCACAUAAUGGUCUCUGAUAAUAUGCCCGCCAUACUUGUCAGUUUUAUUCUGCCAAAUGGAAGAAAGAGCUCUUUGUCUGUCUUGUUUUGAAACGUAAAUAAAGAUGGGCUGAUGUUUUAAA